AUGGCCAACAACAAUAACGGCGCCUGGGCACCCACGCCCACGGAGCAUGAAGACCAUGCCGUCCAGAUCAGACCCAUGGGCCUGAAAAUCCACUACACAUUCGACAAGGACAGCCAAGUCAACUGUCUGGCACGCUGGCCACACAUCCUGCAGAUCCAGGCAUUGCCGCUGGACGAGCGGAACACGAUCGGUGUCGUGGACCUCCGCACGUGUUUGCAAGCCGUCGCCCAGUGCAGCCCAGAGUUGGCGGGUGACAACGAGAGGGAUUACACAGUCUACGCCUUCGAUUAUUCAGAACCCGACACGCCCCUGGUUGGACAGGGUAUGCUAUGCCGGGCCCUAGAGCAUGGAAACGACGGUUCUGCGCCCCAGCUGGUCACUGGACGGGUCACCAGGAACUUGCUGGCUAUUUUCGGGAACGGCAUCAAGGAGACCCUGGAGGUCAAGCUGAAGUUGACUGCCGUGCCAAAGGUCGUCCGAGCAACCCCUGCGCCGCGGGCACACACGCCAGCAACCGCCAACAUGCCGAACUCAUUUCACCCGACUCUUGCCCAGUCGACGUCGGCUAUGUCAGAGGCAACAGAAUGGAACUCCUUCAUCCAGUCGAAUCCCACUCUGGGUCACACAGGAAAUGUGUCGGUCCCGUCUCCGGUAACAGCACCGGCCAUACCCUUCAACUCGGGCUACGAAACGAGAAAUGAGAUUCCGGCAUCAUAUUUCCCUAAUGGCGCGGUCCACCCAGCAAGUCGGCCGGGGAGUCGGCCAGGCAGUCGACCAGGCUCGGUGGAGCCCAGUUCAUUUGUGCCCUUGGCUCCGGCACCGGGACCAGGUCCUGGUAAUCAAGGCCCAGCUCAGGGUCAAGGAGUUACGCUUCUGCCCGCCACGAAGCCUGGUGGAGCCCAAUCACGCCCGUCCUCAAGGGCAUCGUCACGGGCUCCGACUGGCAGGCCCCGCGGGCGUCCACGCAAGAAGCCAGCACAGGUCGAAGGUAGUACCUCGGGCUAUGAAGACGGCACUGAUGCAGAUGACCCGCCGCCAGCAAAGAAGAGGGCGAAGAUGACCAAGGUUGAGCGAAGCAACACGGCAACGUUCGGCUCCGCGCCGGAAUCAUUGCGCGUCGCAGCAAGCACUGCAGGUUCCCUCCGCAAUUUCCGUCCCAUCUCCAUGGGAGGCGAGGCGGCUUCCGGUAGCCACCUUCAGGAAAUCCCUAGAGCUCCUACGCCUGUGCCAGAACAGCGACCCGGUCUUCCCCAUUCCCAUUCGGCGCCACGAAGCCAGCUAAGGAGGCAAUCUACGUCCGGCCUGGCUGAUCCGAACGCCUCGUUCACAUCGUCUUACCUGGAUGUCAAUCGUUCCAUGACGCACGGCAACGAUGCCAGAUCGCCCACUGAGUCCAUCGCACCCUCGCCCUCUCAGUACAGUGAAGGCCCUAGUCCGGCAGACAUUGGUUCCUCUCCACCGGUCCCCAGGUCUGUCAUGUAUAGUGCACAGUCAAGCCCGGCGCCAUCGAGCCCCAUCCUGCCGCCGAUGCCGACUCCGCAGGUGGAUUCAGGGUUCAUGAGUGGAGGCUUUGAUGAGAGCCGCCUGGAUGACGAGGAAGUUGGCAAAGCAAAGCCGCCUCCCCCGGCAGCCCCAGUUGUGGCAAAACCGAAACCGAAGCGCAACCGCUCAAAGAAGCAGACCGCCAAGACUGAGAAGGCCGAAGUUGAGAAGAGCGAACAAUUCGUUAUUCAUACUGAAACACCAGGUCCGCCGGAACUACUGCCUGUGACAUCGAUAUAUGCUCCACCGAACCCACAACCACCCAUUCCAGGUCGCAAACAGUCAGAAAACCCGAACACCCCGGCGACGGCAGAGCAAUCCACUGUGCAAGUACCUAUAUCAGCGUCUCAGGAGCCAACCCCCGUGCCAGCCACCCAGCCGGAGCCAAGCAUUACCAUGUCUCCCGAGAACGAGCCCUCGCAAGCUGACCUUGAAGAUCUUGAGAGGGCCUUGAUGAGCAGCCUCGGUGAACAAGACCGGCAGUUUUUCGACAGCUUGCAUGGUGACGGGCCAAGUUUUGCUCAAUUCGAGGGCGGCCGCAACGGCGGGAUCCGAGCAACGGUUGAGCAAACCGACGGCAGUAUGGAGCCGCCACCGCUUCCACGUUCAAGUGAAGAAGCGAACCCGGAUCCCGAGCUUCCUCCCAUGGUACCUGCGAGUGAUCCGGUGCUACGAUGCUCAACCGUCCCCGGAUCUGAACCUGCACACCCGCAGACAGACAGUGCAGGGCCAUCCGAAUCAAAGUACAACAAAAACGCCAUCAAGAAGCAAGCUAUCAAGCAGAAACUAGAGGAGGCUAUCGCUGCAGGUCAGAUGCCACCAUUUUGCACCAACUGCGGCGCUGUCCAAACUCCGACAUGGCGCAAAAUAUUCAAGCAAGAGCACGAAGGCAUGCCGAGUUUCCACGAGUUCUCGGAAAAGCCUGGACACGUGACGGCGGUCAACGUCCUUACCAGAGAUGGCGAUGGGGCUAUCACAUCCUAUGAUCUGGUGAAGAAAGCUCUGGGUCCUCGCGAUGACAAAGCUGCCUGGACUGAGGUUCUCCUCUGCAAUCCUUGUGGACUCUGGUUCUCCAAGUGGAAGGCUCCCCGCCCAGCUGACAAGUGGGAAAAGGAUCAGCAACGUUUGAACCAGACGCGAAAGAGGAGAGAGCCUGGCGAGAAAGGCGCGAGGGCACCUCGCCCCAAGAAGUCGCGCACCAAGAGUGACUCCCAGGCGAACCUGACAUCCGAUGCUUGUCUCAUGACUGAUCCUCUCGGAUUUGACGGCACGGGGGAUGAACUUCCUGAUCCAUUCAACUCUUUCCCGGCCCCGGGAAACGGACAACGGGGGAACAGUGAGAAUUCGCGCGGACCCGGAUCGACACAUUCCAGGGGUUCGACCCAUUCCCGGGGAAGCGGACGAACCGUCGGAAGCCCUAUCGCCCUGGAUGAUGAGAUGGGCAGCACAAGGCGCCUCCUGUUCCCCUCACCACGGAAGGAUGGCGAACAAAAGAUUCUUGGCGAAGUUGCCGUUAACAUCGUGCACACUGCGCCUGAGUUUAGGGGCUCGAAAGAUGGCGAGGGCGAGGCCAACAAGGAGAAUAAUAAGGUCAUCACCAAUGGGCAGGAUGACAUGGCAGAUCUGUUUGGUACGCCAGCACGCCCUUCGACGCCGCCCCCCAAGUCGACCAGCACCGCGCCUUUCAAAACCCCAACGCGACCGACGCCCAGCCAUCGGCCUGUAACUAGAAGUGUAACCAAGUCGAUUCGCUCAACCCGCUCCAUCAAAUCGCCAGGCCAAGCGGUACCCAUGCUGCAACGCACUCCUUCCAGGACGCCGCGCUCAGCCAUGCCCUCCAGCGCCUUGCGCAGACGUUCGCCUCGGAUGAACGGUCUCCCGUCGCAUGUCAUGGACGAAGGCAGCUUUGAGUCGCCCUUCACCCGGUCCAUCAACCAGCUUCUCUCCGAGGCCAACGACUUUAUGGCUUCAGACCUGGAUCUGGGCAACCUGCCUCACAUCGAUGGCGACGGACACCUGGCGCCCGGUGCGAGCUGGGACUUUGGCAAUCUGCUGAGCACCGACGGCGUCAUGCCCAGCUCGCCACCUAUGCUGCGGAACGGGCUCCCCUCAGUUUCCUUCGGUGCCCACCUCACUUACGAUGCUGGCGACACCGACAUCUGGAAGCACUUUAAUGCCGCAGGCCUGGGCAACACGGAGAACGGUGAUGCUACAGAGAAGUAA